AUGCGACUUCAAAAGGUUCUCGCUUUUCUGCUCUUUUUUCACGUUUGUGACCAAGUCAACUCUGAUCCCGAUUACGACGAUUUACUAGAAGAGAUUCGAUCACAAUCUCUUCCUGAUCAUGUUUUAAAUGAUGAUAAAGUCGAUAUUAAUAAGAAAUUAGCGCUUGCAGUACUCACGGGCAGAAAUUGCGAAAGUAAUAUAUGGAAAUGUAACUCUGCUUGUAAACUUGAAUUCCCAUCUAAUGGAACCGAUUUUCCUAGAAUGUGCAAUGCACCCAACCCCGGAUUAAAAUGUUUCGGAAUUCCAAUAAACUACUCGUAUGUUCAUGAGCCUUUCGAAGUCAGAUUCCCUUCUGAAUACGCUAUACUACAAUCUUUUCCAAAAUGUUGGAAAACAUUGGCUCCUCUGAUUUGCGUACGAAUGUUCCGUCCUUGUGCAUAUCACAAAUUCUAUCAUAAAACCACAGAAGGAAAACUGGAGACUGGUACAAUUGAAAUAUGGGCUCGAGUUCGCCGUCAGAACUGUUUAUUGGCUAAAAAAGAAUGCUAUGAAAUUGAAAGAGCUGGUUUCUUCCCGGAGUUGUUGGAUUGUAACGAUGAUACAUAUGGACUCCUGGCUAAGAGUAGCAAAAACAAAACCUUGUCUAAGAAAUUCUUUUCUGAUUCUUGCUCAGUUGGAAAACUGCCCAUCAACAGUGAAUUUCCUGGUAAAUGCAUUUCUCCGCUAGUGGAAAAACCGUAUGAUUUGAACCAAGCAGUUAGACCUGUAAUUGAUUCAUGCUUCUUGCCUUGCAGGAGUAAGCAGAUUCCUGAUUUCUAUCGUGAUCAUCAAAUUUUUGCACAGUUUUUUCUCAGCGUGUUCUUCUUUGUCCUGUUUUCUAUCAUAUGGGCUUAUCUGUUCUUUUUCUCGCGCAUAUACAUAAAGAGCGUUGUUGCUUACUGUUUCACUCAGUCAUUAUUCUCCGCUAGUAUAUACUUCUUAAUUUGGAGUUCCACGGGAAUCUCAUAUUUUGCUGAUGCUGCAGAGUGUACCGGCGGUGUUCGGCGAAGUAAUGAUUUGAGAGCCUUUGACUGGUGUGUAUGGCAGUCUGUGUUUCUUCACUAUAGUUAUCUUUCUUCUCUUUUAUGGUUACUUGCACAUUAUGCAUUUAACAUUUGGUCACCUUGUUUCCAAGAUCAAAAGAAAGUUAAAGGAGUUAGAAUUAGGGGAGGAUUGAUGCUCUCGAUCAACGUUCCAUCUAUUUUGCUUCCCAUCGUUCUAGCAUUCGUUAAUGUGCAAGCUUUUGAUGGAAUAACAGGAGUGUGCCAUACAGGGUUAUUAUCCACUGGGAAGCUUUCCUCUUUUUUCCUGGUGCCUAUAUUUGCCCUGUACGUUGUCAUCGGCAGCCUUUGUUUUGCGUUUGCAUCUGUCCGGGACGAUAAUAUUCUUGAAGACAUCAUCAAGGAGACGCGGGAACGCUAUGCUAAGAUUGAAGAUUAUUAUAGGCUUCGUGCUUAUCGAUAUCUUUGGUGGGUUGAUGACGCUAAAGCUUACGGAAUUGAUGAUUUGAAAAACGUAAACUUCAAAGAUGUUGCUGUUGCUGAAAAGGAUGAAACUCUCGGUCCCACCGACUACCCUGAAGAUCUCAACCUUAACCUCAAAGAAAUAGACGACAGGGAUCGUAAGCCUGGCAGCAUAUAUGCAAGAAAGUUGAAAGAAUUCGAAAUGAAGUCAUACGUUGAUCUAAAAAGUACAAUCGCUCCUGAAGGCGAAGCUCAAGACAUUCUAGCAGAGCAGUUCGCUUUUCUAUAUACUCGAAAUAUGACUAGUUACCGAGAAAGACAUCGCAAUGGUAUUUAUCCACGUUGGUCAUUUGCCAUUCUGAUAUCGGUCAUUUUAACAAUCGGUCUGAGUUGGUUGACUCAUGCUUCAUUCAUUGCUGUCGAUCCCGAUCAGGAAGUCGAUCGAGUGAAACAACAUAUCAAGUGCAAAGUUACUGCUAUCAUGCAGAACGGAACGAGUGAUUGGUUCCAGGUCGAGGACUCUGAUUACGUUAGCUCUCACUGUGUUCUGGAAAACGUAUACAUGCCCUAUCGAGCUGAUGCUGUUGUAGCUGUGUUCCUGAUUUUCCCAGCCAUACCUUUCUUCAUUCUGUCUAUAGCAUUCAUCGCUGGUUGGUUUUCUACCGGUGGUGUACCGAGGGCACGAGUGUUGAGAGAAAAUGGUUCAGCUUGCUGGGCUACUUCUAGAGGUAACGACAUCGAAUUGGAGCUGUUGAACAAAAAUGAUGGAGAUAAUCAGAGCUUCCCUGCCGGUGAUUGUCAACGGUUUUCUUCACUGGAAAAAAUCCCCGCUGAUGCUCAUAGCCCUGAUUUGAGCGUGGCUAUCAGUGAGCCUAUGGAUCAUAAAGAACUGGAGAGUAGAGGGUUUAGUGGUCGGACGUUAGAGUCAAUUGGAAAAGGCAGAAGGAAAAACUCUGUCUGUUCAGAUGUUCAACCUUUGAAGCUCGAUUCAAAAACAGAAGCCGAUAUUACAAACUUGAUUAGACUGAUUAGGAGUUCCGCUGCUCGGGAUGGUGUUUGGUCCGAGAGACAGAGAAGCUUACUUGACAUGAUGAAUAAUAUUUCACUUCAUUUAUCGUAUACUAAACGUAUGGUUAAUAAUGAUUCUGUUGCUUGGAAUAUGGCACUAGAUAUCUUGAAGAGGAUCGAACGUCUUUUACAAGUCGCCGUCAGACCAGAUGCUUCUCCUGAAGUGUUGUUGGAUUUCCAAGGAUUACUGUCAGAGUUACUUAUCAUGAUUCCUUCGCUCAAUGAUCACACUUCUCAUUUGAAUAGUUGGUGCUCUGCAGUUCAGGAAGCAAUUGCUACUUUACGAUGUGCUACAACAGGAUUGUCAGGCAAUUUGCCAACUAGUAGUAGUAUCACAGGCGAAGGUCCUAGCAAAGUUGAUAACGAUAAUGCGAGAUCCGCAAAUAUGGCUCAAAACGCUCUUGCUCUGAUUGCCGAAAACGCUAUACGAAUGGAACUGAAUCCUUCGUACAGAGGAAGAGAUGGGGAGAAUAACAUGCAAGUAGUGAACGCUCCAACUGGCUUAUUUAAUGCAAAUGGACCUGCUGUUUCUGCGCAACCAGCUCAAAGUGGAUCUCGGGUUGUAGACGGAGGUGAAAUGAGACGUCAAGUUACUGACCAGAUUGCUAGAGGGGGACAAGCUUCUCUUAACAAUGGAAAUCAGAAUCGAAAUUCGAAUCCCAACCAAGCUCAGCCUAGAAAUAUGCCUCAGAAUGCGCCGGUGGCGGUUGCUAUUGCUCCCGCUGUUCCUGUAUCUGCUGCUAAUCGAAAUGCCGCCAGCACAAGCAGGAACGCUGCACCUCGACAAAAUGCUCCCAACCAAGCAGUUGAUACUAUGCCCGCAAGAGUCGGUCCCACUAAUGUCAUCAGCGCGUACACUGAAUCAUAUUCAGCCGUCCCUCGCGGAUUCUUGACCACUCUUACUGAUGACGAAUUGAGACUUCGUGUUUCACGUUUGAGAGAAAUAUGUCAUGAACGUUUAUAUCAUCAGGAGAUUAUUUACAUGCUUAUUCUAUCAGGAGAUAUAAGACCAGCAGUCCCUAAUACGAAGACGGGUGAAAGGGUUGUCAAGGUUGCUGCAUAUCGUGGACUAUUCGGAGAUUCUCCAUGCAUAAACGUUUCUAUAUCUCCUCAAACUUUCCUGAGAUACAUGCGCCGUCGGGCUAUAACUGUAGUAGGAGCGAUUGGGUUCCACUAUUCCAGAAGUGAUCGGCCUUUCAGAGAAUAUCAUCCUCCUGUUCUUCCACCUAUCGGCUUAGCUGAAUUGGAAAAUGAGUUGACCUUGGGCAGAAUACUGGGAGUUGAAUCUCUUCUACCUAUCCGUGAAUUCUUGAGAAUGUUCAACAACGGAGAAGCGAUGGUUAUUCAUAAUCCUGAACUGGCCAUUCUUCGAUCUUUCACCAAUUAUCUUGAUGCGUUUGCCGAAGCUAGAGGAUUCCCAGCCCAAAGAGAGGAGUACGUUCCUGAUCCACAACCAAAUGUUCACCUUGAAGUACCAAUGGCCGAUGAGAGUGCCGAGCGAGCCGUUAACGGCGAAAUUGAAAUUGCUGAUCCCCAGGAAAAUAAUAAUUAA